CGAGCGGGAACGCGCCUGUUUCAUGCAAUUCCUUCACAAUGUUUUCGCAUUGCUCUUGCGCCUGCACCGCCCGUUCACGACAUUCGUUGCACGCCCACAGCGCCCGACGGCGCUGUCGCAUAGCUGACGCUAGCGUCGGCACACCGCCAUUUUCGCGUCACGUUUGUUUACUUGUGAGCUUAUUUGAGUGACGGUUGGUAUAAAGUCACCACCAGGAAAGCGUAACGUCCGAGCCUCUCUCUCCAUCCCUCUACCACUCCCCCCGUCUGCACCACAAUGUCCUCGAUCCUUCCUUUUGAGCAACGGAAGUUCCCCAAAACUCUCGUCCUUUUUGACGUUGAUGGCACCUUGACCCCUGCUCGUCAGAGCAUCAGUCCUGAAAUGUUGGACCUCCUUCAGAAGCUCAGACAAGUCGCCGUUAUUGGUUUUGUCGGCGGAAGUGACUUGUCCAAGCAACAAGAACAACUUUCCAUCAGCGGAGAGAAUGCAAUUGACCAUUUUGACUAUGCUUUUGCUGAGAAUGGUUUGACUGCUUACCGUUGCAGCAAGCAACUCGCCAGUCAAUCCUUCAUUCAAUGGUUGGGCGAGGAAAAGUACAAGAACUUGAUCAACUUCUGUCUUCGUUACCUUGCUGACAUUGACAUUCCUGUCAAGCGUGGUACCUUCAUUGAGUUCCGUAACGGUAUGGUGAACAUCUCCCCCAUUGGCCGCAAUGCCAGUGUGACCGAGCGUAACGAAUUCGAGAAGUACGACAAGAUUCACCAAAUCCGUCCCAAGAUGGUCGAGGCUCUUCGCGAGAAGUUUGGUGACUAUGGUUUGACCUUCUCCAUUGGCGGUCAAAUCUCCUUCGACGUCUUCCCUACCGGCUGGGACAAGACCUACUGCUUGCGCCAUGUUGAGGGUGACGGUUUCGACACCAUCCAUUUCUUUGGUGACAAGACUUACAAGGGUGGUAACGAUUAUGAAAUCUACGAGGACCCUCGCACCAUCGGUCACUCUGUUACAUGCCCCGAGGACACGAUGGCCGAGCUUAAGAAGCUUUUCGGCAUCUAAUUUAGUCACGGCGACUACCAUACAUCUUUCUAGUCCUUGGGAGAUGUGUAGCAAUUGGAGGGCAUUAUUUCCCUUAGCUCGCACAAAACGUUCCUUUCAGACUUUGGGUUUGUUAAGUAAGGGUCCUCCGGUCCACAUAAUUGCUCGGGUAGACGCUUUAAGAGUUUAGUUAUAAUUCAAUUAAUGACUCAUGUCGUAGCACUUAUGCCGGCUACUUUGCCUA